CAUGCUGGACUUGCGUGUUUUUGCAUUGAUCCACUGAAUCAGUCGGUUUCUUUAGCAACUAGUUGUUCCGAGUGAACGUUCGAUAUGCUUUAUUGGUGUGAAUUGUGUUGAUUUAACUCGGGACCACACACACUUAGUACCGUGCUUUCUGCCGUUGUUGUCUAUGUAGUUAGAUUGUCUUUUCGUGAGGCAGUGACUGCAGCAUUGUCCUGCAGUUUUUGUUUUGGUGCUGGAAACUGUAUAUAGGACUGAACCAUGUUGCAGCUGAUGUGGAAAAGAUCUCCGAGAUGGUUUGUACGGCGCGCCUCGACAAAAGUUCAGGAAAAACCAAAACUGUCACCGAAAAAGUUCAAUAUAUAUCAUCCUGAGACGAGAAUGGACGAUAUACUCGCCCGGGAAUCGCCCUUAAUGGAAAGAUCUAAGGGUAAAGUAACACGGCCACCGUUUCUAAGAAACCUUUUUGCGAAGGCUAUCGAUGAACGCUUCCUCACCUAUCCCGAGGUGCUUGAACCCUCUGAGAUCCAUAGGAUAGCCGAUCUCUACGACAGGAUUAAAGAAUAUGUGGACAGCUUAGAGUCUCAUGCGCUAAAAUACGAAACACCAAAGAAGGUGAUCUACAAACUGAAAGAAUUUGGCGUGUUUGGUGCCACUGUAUCGAAUGACUACGGAGGACUAGGAUUGUCUUUAACCGAGUACUCGAAAAUCAUCGAAGCAUUUGCUAGACAACCAUCAUUAGCAGCUAAAAUGAUUUCCCACAGCUCGGCAGGUAUUCAACCGAUCCUCGAGUUUGGCACUGACCAGCAAAAGGCCAGUUACCUACCAAAGUUGGCAAGUGGUGAAUGGAUUGCUGCAUUAGCUAUGCACGAAUCCCAGUCUGGCACGGAUCUCGCAGCCAUUAAAACAGUGCUGAAAAUAACCCCGGACGAGAGUCACUAUACUUUAAACGGUACAAAAACCUACGUGACCAACGGUGAAGAUGCAAACAUAUUUACUGUUCUUUGCAACAUUGAUCUGAUUGGCACUGAAGACAAGCGGCUUGCCGAGACGCCAACUACCGCUGUGCUUGUUGCACGGGAUCUGCCUGGUGUUAAAGUCGAAAAAUCUCCCCGAUUGCUUGGUCUCAAUGGCGCCGGAAUUGCGACCGUGACGUUCGAUAAUGUAAAACUAUCGACCGACUGUAUACUGGGCAAAAAAGGCGAAGGCUUCCAAGUAGCGUUGGCCGUACAGAAUUACGUACGGUGUCUGAUGACAGCCGCUACCAUGAGCACUGCUCGCGAGGCACUAAACCUCGCUAUAAAGUACGCCAUUAGGACUCAUCGGUAUAAAAAGCCAUUGCACGAAUUUGAAAUGAUUGGCAAACGAGUAGCUACCAUGACAGGUGAUGUGUACGCGAUGGAGAGUGCCGUCUACAUGACUUCAGCGAUCGCUGACGUAGUGCAGGAUCCCGACUACUCUUUGGAAGCGGCUGCAGUUCGUCUCCUCGGUACGAAAGGGUCCCGUCGAGUGUUAGAAAGCAGUAUUGACUUGCAUGGUGUCAAUGGGUUACUUGAAGAUGGUGAUUUGGUCCGCUGGCUCAACGACAUACGAACGUUUGAUGCGUUCGAAUCAACUCAAAAUCUGUGUCGCCUUCUUAUUUCUAUGAGUGGUGUUCAGUAUACUGGACGUCUUUUUGCAACGGUGAUUCACAUUCUCCGUGAUCCGUUGAUGUCUCCUAUGAAGUUCACAAAGUUUCGACUCGCUCGUUGGCGAGAUGUAAAGGACACCCCCAAACUAGCUUGUGAAGUCGAGCAGUUUAUUCAUCCGUCACUAAAGAAGGAAUGCCAGCAGCUCGAAUACUGCAUGGCUAGAUUAGGAUUUGCUGCUGAAGUCGCCCUCGAACAGUGGGGCGCCGAGUUGUUUGAAAAUCAAACUAUUUUGGAUCGACUAUCAGACAUCGCCAUUGAUGUCUACACGUUCGCGACAGUUCUUGCACGAGCUUCAAGGUCGUAUUGCAUCGGCUUGCCGAACUCGGAUUACGAUAUUAAGUUAUCUCAAAUUUAUAGUAAAGAAGCUGUUGAUCGUGUGAGAUUUAACGUAAAUGAGAUUCAAUAUUGUUCAACACUAUUGAGCCAGAGAACCCUUCGCGAAAUGAAUGCGAAGAUUUUCAACGACAAAAAGUAUAUAGCUGCACAUCCAUUAACAAGAAACUGGGAUUAGUGAAGUAAAUAGAUUAAGAAAAAUUUGCAUGUACAGUAUCCAAUGUAAUUGAUCAAAAGUGAGUGCUAGUACUGCAGUUACUGUUCAAGUCGAAUGUCUGUCGAAUAGUGAAGUUUCUAUGUUAGAUAGUACAAACCGACUGACAACGAAGUGAAGUUAUAUAUAUGGAAGACGUUUAGGCUGCAACUUGUAUCACACAUUGCUUGUAUAAUACAAGAUAAUUUUAAUAAAACUGAUAACCAACAGAAAUAGAUAUGUUUUACGUAAAAAUUUACCUGAGACUAAUAUCUGUUUUAAUUAGAUGAAAGAUGAUUUUAUACCGAGAAGUGGGAAAACAUUUAGGCUGGUUAUAACUAUGAGGUUAGAUUCCUCAUAGUUAUACUGUAUACAUAUCAUGAUGGAUCUGUAAUUCAAUCUAAUUAUAUAUCAAUAUGUAAAUGCUGAACUAUUUAGCUGAGCUGACAAUAUUUUAACACUAUGAUUGUCCUUACAGUUGCUGACUAUCUUAUGAAAAAAGCAAUUAUCAUUCUUGAUAGUUAUUCCUGAUGCGGUUAUAGAAGGUUCCUGAUGCAUGAAUGCGUAGAAAAAAAAAAGCGAGAAUAUAUUGAGCUAAAAAUCUACAACAUAUUACUUCCACGAGUAACUAUAUCGCAGACUUGGUUCGAUUUUAGUAAGAGGUUCCUAAUAAUACAGUAAGUGCUAAUAAACUUAAGAGCAAGAUAAGAAUUUUGUUACUCUCUAUCCACUCUGUGCACAGUUAUUUCCUGCCAUUUGAACUAAUUUGAUUGUGCAUCCCAUAAGAUUUGUUUUUAUAUUAAAAAAUUGUUA